AUAUGACUCUGUACUUUGAAUCUUAUCGGCAGAAACUUGAAACUGUGUCAAAACCACGAGAGGAGAGCACAAAAAACUAAUAAGUUUACUCAAGUCUGUCAAGAAGAUAUUAGAUAUUCAAUACCGACCCGGGCUUUCUGGUGACUGCGCUACGUUAUGUAGAACAAAUGGACUCUGACAGAAUUCUUCGGUAAAACGACAUCAGUCUUGCUUCAUAUGCGUACAUGGUACUUAAAGUUGACCAUUCUGCCCAUCAAUACAAAUAAAUGCUAAAGUUAGACGAUCAUAUGACUCAUGAGUUAAAAGACACAUUUCAAGAUGUAUCUGCAUCUAGUAUUGAAAACCAAAACUCGGCCAGUCAUUCUCGCCAAAAUCUUGCUGGUGGAUCCGGAGUUUUUGCAAAUUUCUUCGAAGAAAUGGCCGAACCACUUUCUUACCAAUCCUCAAAUCUCAUUGAUGAAAGGCAGAGUACUAUAUCUACAGAGGACAGUAAAAUCCAAACACAGAGUAACGAGGUGAAGGAGGGCAGUUCUCCUAUGCUGCGUGAUGAGAUUAGUCCUAUGGAAGCUUUCUACGGUGAUAAUGCAGAUGAUGACCUGAAAAUUCUUGAACGAUAUCGUUUGCUCGUUAAUUCUUAUUCUGAUUCUAAACCAUGUCAAGAUGAUGAAUCUCAGCUGAGGCAGUUAUCUCAUGAUGAUACACUAAAACGUGGUGGACUACCACAUGGCGUAACAGAAUACAAUCCAACUGAUUUAAGUAGCCCGUUGUGUAUGUCAUACAUACAUAGAAGUAAACCACCUAAAGUAUUAGCCAAUCGUUUUCUGCUUGGUUCUACAAUCGGGCGAGGAAGUUAUGGAAAGGUAAAAGAUUGUAUUGAUCUGUUUACACUUCGACGUCAUGCUGUAAAAAUUAUUAGUAAACUAGGUGUACGAAAAAUUCCCGGUGGUUGGAGUCAAGCAUUACAUGAAGCUAGUUUAAUGCGAAGAUUAUCUGCUUGUCGACAUGUGGUUUCAUUAGUUGUUGUAUUACGACUAGAAAAUCCAGAUAGAUUAUGUUUAGUUAUGGAGCAUUGUCUUGGAUCAGUACAUGAUUUACAAGCUUCCGGUGUACCAUCUCAUACAGCUUUAAGUUCAGAAAAUGAAUUUGAAUUAGAUGAAUUCAAUGCUAAAUCAUCCUCUCCACGAUUAUCAUAUUUUAAACAUCAACAUGAACAAUCAUCAGAUGUUGUAUUAAAUGAAAAUAUUUCAAAAGAUAAAAGAAAAAAUGUUGAUUCUUCUGAAAAGUUGAAUAAAUCUCGUCGAUUUCAUCCUAGAUUAUCAAUGGGAUCUACACAGAUCAAUCAAGAAACAGAUACAAAAUUUAAUAAAUCAAAAAGUCGUAAAACAUCAUCCAUAGAACAACCAACAAGAAAACGUACAUCCUCUCAACAACAACAACAAUUUCGUCGACUUCCUGAAGCACAAGCGCAUGCCUACUUUUUACAAUUAAUAGACGGUUUACAUUUUCUUCAUCGUAACGGUGUUAUACAUCGCGAUAUUAAACCAGCUAAUUUAUUAUUAACACCUGCACCAGGCUGUGGUUUAAGUGGUUUUGGCAGUCCAAAUGGUACCAUGGAUUUACCAGAUCAUAAUUGGUUAUGCAGUACGGGUAGUCAAUCAGCGUUUUGUCAACGUUCAUUGGCUAAUUUAUUGGCAUUAUCACGUGGUUGGUUGGUGAAGUUAACUGAUUUCGGCGUAUCGGCAUCAAUUUCAGCAUUUAGUACAAAUGAUAUGGUUAGUGGUGGUCAAACUACACCAGCUGUACAACCUCCAGAAGUAGCUAAAGGUGUACAAUCCAUAUUUGAUGGUACUAAGUUAGAUGUGUACAGUGCUGGUGUAACACUUUAUUUCAUGCUUACUGGUCAUGUACCAUUUUCAUGUCAAAAUGUACUACAAAUAUUUGAAGCAAUUGUUAAAGGAGAUUAUACAAUACCAGGAUAUGUAUCAACCAAUGCAUCAGAUUUGAUUCGGAAAAUGAUGCAGAAAGAUCCUAAAAAACGUUUAACUUUAUUGCAAAUUCGUCAACAAACUUGGUAUAUACAAGAUCCACCAACACCAAUGUCUGUGGAGAAAAUUAAAAUGAAAUUACGCAAUGAAUUAUCACAUAAUCAACAAUUGUCAAAUAAUGAAUCGCCAACAAAUACAUUAAUUCAUUAUCAUAAACGACAACAUCAACAACAACAACAACGUGGUAUAAUCUGUUGGCUUGAUCCAUUAAUUUAUCUACGUCGAUGUCAUUCUGAAUAUCCUCUACCACAUAUUGAUGAUACUGGAGCUAGAAUAUUUGAUAUAGAUGAAAUUUUCAAUAAUUCACCAAAUCAAACAUUUACUAGUAGUAAUGAUAAUGAUAUACAAACAUCUUUAUCAAAUAUGAUUAUCAGUGAUAAGGAUGAACACUUUUUUAAUAAUCAUGAUGGUAUUGCACCGAUCUCAGUGAUUGAUCGUUUAAAGGUAUUUCAUGAUUUGGAUGACUAUGAAGAGUAUAGUAGACCAGAAGAUAUGUCUAGUUUUUACUAUUCACCUGAAGCAUGUUUACAAUAUUCCAAUGUUGAAAAACAGCUGGCCAACUUAGGUAUUGGUUCACGAAUGGAACCUGAUCCGACAAUCACAAAUUACCCAUAUGUAUAUAAUAAUCUUUCAAUGAAUUAUUUACACUCUGCUAGCCCUAUUCAUUUAACAGAAGAAACUAAUCGUCGGUCUGGAAAUAUCUGUCAUCCGAUUGACAACGUUCCUGAUAAUAUUAAUAAUAAUAAUCAGUCACACUGUUACUUUUUACCAUCAGAUCAACAACAAUUAACUCCUCAUCAAUCUAAACGAGAAAAAUCUUUAAAAAGUAAUAUGACACCACAACCAUAUUGGUGUCUAGAUCUUGGUGUUCCAGUGUAUGAAGCUAUACAACCCAUCAAUAAUAUGAAUGAUGUAUCGGAACCUCCAGCUUCUCCAGCGGAUUUACCAAUUUCUAUUCCUACUACUUACAGACUAUCUAAAUUUGCAAUAAAUCCCAAUGUAACAAAUCGAACUGGUAGUCUACCAGGUCCUAUAGCAUUCAUUCCAUCCGAUUUAAAUGUAACUCGACAAAUGCAGAACAGUGUCAAUAUAAAUAAUAAUAAUAACAAUAGUAAUGAUACAUUAAAUCAAAAAACUUGGCAUUAUGGUUUACGACCUAUUAAUAGUAUACCAAAAGAUUUUCUUAAUUUCACUUGUUCAAAACAACAACAACAACAACCACAUCAAAAAUCUACCAAUAUCAUUGCUAUUGAUCCUGAUCAAUUAUCUAAUCAUUUGAAUAUAGAUUUUGAUCAAACUCAUAUAAAUUCAACAUUGAAUAGACAAGAACAACAAUUUAUGAAAAGAGAUUAUCAUUCAACUAAUAUUAAUCAUUUGAAUAGAUUCAAUCAAUGGUUUUUCAAUCCAUUCAAUUCAUUUCGUAAUCGAAUAAAAAGUAUACGAUUUAAAAAAGAUGCUUCAAAUCAUUGUCAAACUACUACUACUACUACUACUAAUAAUAAUAAUAAUAGUUAUUCACCAGUUGUUUCAACGACCAAUUCUAUUUCUUCAUCUUCUAAUACUAUUUAUUAUAGAAAUGUGAAUAGUGCUACAGAAUUAACUUCAACUAUUGAAAUCACAUCAUCAUCAUUACCUAAAAUUCAAAUAGAUGAUAUUUCUAUUCAAUCUACUGGAACUUUACCAAGAACACGUAAUCGAUUAAAACCUUGUUCACGUAUAUUUUCACGAAAGAAAGUUACAGGAAGAAAAUAAUAAUUAUUCCCGUUGACAUUGUUGUCGUUAUCAUCGUCUGUCUAUGUAUGCAUUCAUGCAUGGAAUGUAUGUAUGUAUUUUUUUUUACAUGUAUAUCAAUUUCUUCAUAUACAGAGUUGGGUAGAAGCGAUACAAGAUCUCGUUUUUCACACACACACACACACAGUAUAUAUAUAUAUCCUAUUUGUUAUUAGUGUUGUUGAUGUCGUCGGUUUAUCGAUUUCCUGUUCACAUGAGUUUUCUUUGAUUCUUCUCCCCUAUCGCCAUUACCAAUCAUGAUGAUGAUGAUGACUUGAUUACACGUUUUUUUUAUUUUAUAGUACAUAUAGCAACUCAAUAAUGCUAUUUAUUUGAUCAUUUUUUUGUAAAAUCUAUUUUGUACAAUUUAUUCACCAACUGGCUCUCUAUUAUUCUGUUUUAUUAUACGGAAUAAAAAAAGAUGAGAAUGUUUAAUGUCCCAAUAGCUAGCCUUAUGUCUGUUUGUUUGGUGAGUUUUUUUAUUCACUGCGUUUGGUCACUGGUGUGUCUAAUAAUUUUUGUGUGCUAGAGGUUGUUUCUCUUUAUCAUCAUCUCGUUUAUUUCAUUUUCAUGCUCUUCUUCAUUGUAUUCCUCUUUUCCUCACUCACUCACUCACUUACUCUCUCUCUCUCUCUCUCUCUUAGGUUCUUUUUGCAAAAUUUCAGUUACCGUUGUCGGUAUAGAAUUAUGUUUCUGUUUUUCCCCCUUUACAUCUUCACACAAAACUUGUCUCAUUUGUAAAUAGUAUGUAAAUUUUAACUGCACACACACACAUAAAGAUGAUAGUCGUGUAUUUAUGCCGAGCAUUUUUUUAAAAAAAAUCAAAACUUCUCAAAUUAUCUCUAAUGCUUUUACAAUUUCGCUCAAUUUCUGCUUCCGUUUUAUCCUUAAUCAUCAAUUGUCUUAUAGAACUGAAAACAUAAGUUUCUCGGCUUAGUUUAAUUCCUUUUCUCAGUUCAGCAUGCAACUUUGUUAGCAAUUACGAUCAUUAUUAUUUCGUAAUGUUCCAUAAUGUGCGUGUGUUUACACGCAUGACUUUAUGGUCAUGUGUAUACCCUGUACACUUAGAUUGUUCCAGUGAUUGCACACAAAUAAACUCACAUUCAUACGCACAUCACCUAUCCAAAAUGCCUAUAUGUAUUUUUUUUAUUGUUUAAUGUCCUGUGUUACUUACGAGUAGUAUGAUUUGAGUGAAAACAAUUCCUGAGUACUUUGUUUUCAGUUUGAAAAUUCAUGCUUAUAUGAGUAAUGCAUUACUAGGCUUAUUAUAUAUAUAUAGUCAGUGUAGUUGCAAAAUUCUUCUGCAAUUAUUCGUUUUUUGCGUUGUUAAGUUUUUAAGGUUGGCUAUUGAAUGGUAUAUCAUUUUGAACAACACCAUCAAACGCCUAGUUGAUAUGGAAAUGAGUUGUUUAGUUAUUCCACAUACAUUAACGUAGUUUCUCCUAAUCACAUUCUUUAUAAAUGGUUGUGCUUUUAGGUACCGCUAUCCUCAUUUUUCCGUGUAUUCUUAUUGAUUAUCGUGUUCAGCUGACUUCUAACCAUGUGACUGAUUGACCUCUUUCGUCAAAGUUAUUAAAAUGAAUCGGUCUACCUAUUCAUUACCGAUAAAUGAGAAUCCUACGCUUUUACAAAUUCCUUAGCAUUUUCAACAUUCUCUCGAUCUAGAGUUUUGAUAUAUUUCUGUUUGAUUUUAAACAACAUAGGGGUAG